UCCCGACAGUCACAAGUCUAUUUCCAUUUUGUGUUUACUAUAUGUAAAUUAAAUAAAACCUCUUUUCUCUGUUGUUCGGAUCAACCCAGAAAGAUCUCUGUUUUUCAGACCCGAAAAGAGCAGUAAAAGAAAAUCUUGGAAAAUUAGACAGUAAUUUCUGCGUUAGAUCUCUUUCUUCUCUCUUUCAGACCCGAAAAGAGGAGGAAAAGAGCAAGUCUGUAAUUCUUGUUUAGAUCUCCUUUCUAAGGCUCUUUGAGAAGUGAAAUCUACAAUUUUCCUGGUUGAUUUACAGUGAGAGGAGAGAAGAUGAAUAUAUUCAGGUUUGCAGGGGACAUGACCCAUUUGGCGAGUGUUCUUGUUUUGCUCCUCAAGAUUCACACUAUCAAAUCUUGUGCUGGCAUUUCCCUGAAGACUCAGGAACUCUAUGCUCUUGUUUUUGCUACUCGCUACUUAGAUCUUUUCACAGACUACAUCUCGCUCUAUAAUACACUAAUGAAAUUGAUAUUCUUGGGAAGUUCUUUCUCGAUAGUCUGGUAUAUAAGGUAUCAUAAGAUUGUACGCAGAUCCUAUGACAAAGACCAGGACACAUUUCGGCACUAUUUCCUUGUGCUUCCCUGUUUGUUAUUAGCCCUAUUGAUAAACGAGAAGUUUACCUUCAGAGAGGUGAUGUGGACAUUUUCAUUGUACUUGGAAGCUGUCGCCAUUCUUCCUCAGCUGGUCUUGCUGCAAAGAACAAGAAACAUUGACAACUUGACUGGCCAAUAUGUUUUUCUUCUCGGAGCAUAUCGAGCUUUAUACAUUUUGAACUGGAUUUACCGCUACUUCACAGAACCACACUAUGUGCACUGGAUAACUUGGAUUUCAGGGCUUGUUCAGACACUGCUUUAUGCCGAUUUCUUCUAUUAUUACUUCCAAAGCUGGAAGAACAACGUGAAGCUCGAAUUGCCGGCUUGAGUUUCUGCUCAACAAAGACACAUGAAACAAGAAAUUUCGAGGGUCGUGCAUAAAUACAUAUAUGCGACUCUCUUGAGGCGCUCAGGACUGUUCCUUUUUCGGUUUCUAAUUCACUACUUGCGAUAAUUUUCCCAGGUAGCAUAUCGUUCCUGAAAAGUGCAUUGAUUUGUAUUCAUGGGAAUAUAUAGAGGUAUUCUUGUUCUAAUUUGUCAGAGCAUUCAUGCUGAAAUUUUAUAUAAACCGAAACGACAAGUGGGAUUUGCAGCAGAACCAUAUGUUUACCAGUGAUCAAAUUACUGAAUCAACAUUUCUUUGGCA